GUUCGACCUCCAGCUGGCCGACUCGAGGACCUCUUGACGAAAGUCAUCUCAUCAUCCUCCCCCCCAGCACGCGACACAACCCAAAUCCCAGCACUUUCACCCAGAGACAUGGAGCCGACACAGCUCGCAAAGCCCGAGCCCGUCGAUCGCCUCGAAGCCUUCACCAAAGUGGCGGCCGUCAUAAAGGGCUGGAAUCCUGUCUGGCGCCUGCGUCUGCUCAUAGGCUUCCAAAUCCCGGCAACGAUCAUCAUCCUGGCCCUGUCACGCGUCAACAGCAUCUAUGCCGGCAAUUUCAAUUCAACUUGGUGUUUCGUCGCGCAAAUCAUCAUCCUGCUGCCACUCGUCUUGUUUUCGCUAAAGAAAAUCGAGUAUACCGACGUCAACCAAAAGCGAAAUCUGGUCAUCGAGCGCGCUUCGCUCACGUUCCUCGGCUUUACAAUCGUCCUGGGAAUGAUUGCAACUAUCAACUACAUGCUGGCCUCAAACGAGCGCGAUCUGUGCUUUCGGAACCAACAGCUCAGCGGCCUGGACUGCAGCGCCUAUACCACGCCAUUGCUUGGGUCAACCUUGGCUUUUGGAUUUACACAGGUGCAGUCCCGUCGUGAGCCAUUGGAUGCAACCUGGUUGUAUCGUUCAUCAUCGAGAUCUGGAAGCUAGGGGACGCACAGAAGAAUCCGCAGAGGAGCUCGGUCAGCCAGUCGCAGACAGACGAGAAGCCCAUGUCCAAGAUGAACAUUUCGGCCUAGCGGGCUCUCUUGAUCCGAGGGCAGCUCGGCCGAUAUAUACGCAUGGAC